UUUUUUAAAGAGGCUAGUUUUCGAAUUUGAGCUAUUUAUUUAAAAAAUACUAUAUAAUUACUUACUAAUUUAAUAAAACACCUAGGUAUUUAUAAUUAGUAGCACAAAUGGGUCUUCAAUAAGUGCUGACUAAGAUGUAAGAAUUCGACUUGGCAAGAAAAAUGGGCAGCAAUUCGCUUUUAUUUUCUAUCAACAAUGAAGGUAAAGUGUACGCUCUUCCAACGAGUGGAUCAUGCUGGAGAGAGUUCAUGUACCUGGGAAUUGAAUUCAAGACCCUAUCAGCGGUUCCACAUUUUUUAUGGGCAGUCGGCGGGGACAGACAAAUUUACCUUCAUGUUCAUGGAUUAGAAAUACCUAUACGUGUCAAGGAGGAAUCUUAUGAAAACGAAAGGUGGCUUCCAUUAGAAGGCUUCAGUGGACGUCUUCUUCCGACCGACCGCUAUCAUUUUUCUUCUCAAGACGGAACUAUUGACCGAUCAAUUGAUCGAAUACGGUUACCGUCGAUGGCAUGGCAAUGGGAAGGUGAUUGGCAGCUCGAAUUGACUUUAGAUGGCGAGCCUCUCGAUCAUGACGGUUGGAGCUACGCCGUCGACUUCCCGGCACAAUUCGGUCCAGUGAAACAAUGGAAAUCUUGUGUUCGCCGCAGGAAAUGGAUUCGUUACCGAAAGUUUAGUGCCAUGAAUUCAUGGUGCGCAAUCGCUCCGCUUCACAAGGACCCGACCCAGGAACCCUUCAUAGAUGUUAGUAUAGGAGGAAACCAAAUUCCAUAUGCCUCUGCUGGUACACUGUCCGUGUGGGCCAUCACAGCGCAAGGUAGAGUGAUGUUUCGAGCUGGAGUAAGUGCCACAGCACCUGAAGGGUUGAAAUGGAUCAAUGUGAGUAUUCCUCCUAAUUGUGACAUUAAACAAAUUUCUGUUGGGCCGACUGGAUUGGUGUGGGCUUUGCUUUGGACCGGAAGAGCUAUAGUGAGGAAAGGCAUUACAAAAGAUAAUUUAUCUGGUGAAGCAUGGUUAGAAGUAAAAUCUCCAGCAGAAACAAAGCUCUCUGGUUUAUCUGUGGGAUAUAAUGUUGUAUGGGCUGUAAGUUCCGACACCAAAGUUUGGUUCAGAAAAGGUAUCGAUGGAAACAUGGCAGGCAAUACAGAAGCGGCUGCCAUGGGAAGUGGAUGGUUGGAGAUUAAUGGGAACAUGACACACAUCUCUGUCGGUAUCAAUGAUCAAGUAUUUGCUAUUGGUGACUCUAGCAAAAGUAUUUAUUGGAGAAGUGGUAUAACAGCUUCAGAGUUGACUGGCAAGAGGUGGAGAAUAAUACAAGCUAAUAUGCAACUCAGUAGGACAUCUAGUUCAGCUAGUCUUAUAUCCACAGCGUCAAACCCAAAACAUGGAAGCUUGAGUCUUUUAAAUGAAAAUGUGGUUGAGCUUAAAACUGGACUUCAUUUAAGAAAUUCUUGGGAAGAAUCACAUUCUGCCCCCAUAGAAAAUACUUUACCUCUUAAGCCUUCAAAAGAAGUUAAACCCAAAAAAACAAUGAAUGUAGAAACCAUAGACCUAACUGGGAAGAGUUAUGAAACUACUCUGAAGAAUCCAAGAGCCUGGAGUCCUGUGAGAAGUGUUGGCUCAGUGGUUGGAAUGGAAGCUCAACCAGAUAGUGACAGUAGUGUGUUUGAUGUUGACUCUGGAAUGUUCUUUGAUGAAGAAGUAAGUCAGGCGGCGUGGGGAUCCUGUGACACUACUUGGGCUUUUGUUAAUGCUGGUGCAUGUGCUAUUGAUUGCCUCCAAGUUCCCCAUUGGUUUUCUGAUUCCCACAGCGCUUACAACAGUGACAUGUCUGCGAAAUGGCGUUUAGAAAUAUUGGAAUCUCUCAAGCAUCGGUACAACCAGGAGUUAGAUACUAAUAUGUACCAAUUGGCAAUCGAAGAAAAGGGAUGGACUCGUAGUUGUGAGGCGAGAAUGGUGAAUGAGAGUAAUACAAGUGAAGACUGCAUCCUAUCUCUCUAUUGGCAUGCUUCAGAAAAUACUGGAACAUUAUCAGUUUUUCAGCCUGAUGGUACUAUCAAGUUUAUUAUUAAUUUAGGAGAAGUAACUAGUGUGACUUCUUCCUCGGAACCUGGCAGCCCGAGAUUAAGCUUUACUAUACCCCAACACAAUAAAAAUACAAUUAAAAUACAAUUCAUAUCCGAAAUGGAACAGGAGGAAUGGUUGAAUAUCAUUGUUGACAUAAUUUCACAGAUAAAUAAUUUGUCCGGAAAGCCAUCACCUAAUUCUGUAUGGGCUGUUUCCUCUUCAGGUGAUAUUCUUAACUGGGAUCCUACACCAGCUAAGAUGAUUGCAGAAAAAAAUGGCAUAUACACAAAAGAAUUCCAAGUAUUUGGCAAAGACAUUGUCAAUGGAUUCACUAUCAAUCUAAACAACAACUUCACUCCUGGUAGCAUGUUAAAAAUGUCUGGCUGCUUAUAUGACGAAAUUAAGCGCUUCCAUAUAAAUCUUCAAGGCCCAGAAGUACAGAAACAAAGGCACAAAAUUGAAACUGAAAUUACAGAGAUUCCUUUUCAUUUUAACGUAAGGUUUGACGAGUGUAUUGUCGUUUGUAAUAGCAAAAAGUCUGGUCAGUGGAGUGUGGAGGAGCGACACGAGCUGCCGCUCAAACCUGGACAAGAAUUUUCCGUGAAAAUUGUUUGCGAUAAUGAAGGCUACAUAGUCUACGUAAACGAUUCAAAGUUCUGCUAUUUCAAACAUCGACUGAGUCCAGAAAGUGUAACUUCAGCACAAGUACUGGGACCGCUGAGGCUGUUUAAUUUGGAGUACACUUCUAAUAGUGUUAUCAUCGGCCCCGACGAAAUGAUUUGGCGAUUGAUGGGGGGCUAUCUGCGUAAGGUCGAAAGUUGCGAAAAUGGCAUCGUUUGGGGAGUAUCACAUGAUCAUCGAGCGUGGGUCUACACAGGUGGAUGGGGUGGAGGAGCAUUAAAAGGUAUAAGUAGUACUGAUGGGAUUCACUCAAUGUCUGACACACAGACCUACUGUGUUUAUGAGAACCAAAGGUGGAAUCCCCUGACAGGCUACACGUCUACAGGCUUACCGACGGAUCGGUAUAUGUGGAGUGAUGCAACAGGCAAGCAUAAGAGGACCAGAGAACACACCAAACUCCUUAGUAGACAUUGGCAUUGGAUUUCAGAGUGGAUGAUAGACUACAACACUCCAGGUGGAGUAGACAGUGAUGGCUGGCAGUAUGCGACAGACUUUCCUGCUCCUUAUCACGGUAAAAAAGUUUUUACGGACUGUGUAAGACGCAGAAGAUGGUAUAGAAAAGCCCAAAUAAUUACUGAAGGUCCAUGGGUUCGGGCAGGAAGCACUGCACUUUUAGAUAUUUCGUUAUGGGGAAAUAAUAAAGAAACCAUAGUAUGGGCCAUUACAUUGGCCGGGGAUGCGAUAUACAGGACGGGGGUGACUGCAGCUACGCCGGCCGGUGUCCACUGGGAACAUGUCAACAGCCCACAUCCACUGGUGGCCAUAAGUACAUGCGACAAUGUUAUAUGGGUAGUCGGACGUAAGGGAGAGCUUUACUAUCGAGAAGGAAUUACCCGGGAAAACCCCGGUGGUUCAAGCUGGAAAUUGAUCGAAGCCCCAAAAUAUCCAAUAGCCUAUACACACAAAUCAACCAUUGGAGCCAAAUCGGUGACGCUAACAAUGAACUCGGCUUGGGUGUUACUUUCAAAUGGCCUCCUAGCCGUUCGAACAGAGGUAUCAAAAGAACAUCAGGAGGGAAAGCAAUGGAAGUAUUUGACAGACUGCGAGAGCCUGAAGCAGGUGUCGGCGAUGGGCGGGUGCGUGUGGGCGGUGCGUGCGGACGGCGCGCUGCUGCGGCGACUCGGCGUGUCUGCGGCGCGCCCGCACGGCGUUGCCUGGCAACCGGUGCUCGCCGCUGCGCUCGCACACGUCACGUCCAGGGCCUGCUCCUAAACUGUAGUAUUACUGGCCAGUAUAGUUUAACACUACUGGUCGGCAAGUUAUACUGGAGUCUUAAGCACUCAAGAGUUUUUAUACAUAACUUUAAUUUAAUGAAGAUUUGACAUAGACCUCAUAAACUUCAAACUCUUUAUAUAAUUAAAGUCGGGUAAUGAUUUUUAUUUAGAUUAAAAAGCUAAUAUUAUGGCGUCGAAGCUCUACUGGAUAAAUCUAAUUUUAGAGUGAUAACACUAUAAUUAUUAUAAUCUUUGCAGUUUGAUCGAUAGCAAAACAGGUGCAUGUUAUAAAGAUGCCAAAAAAUGUCAGCAGCAGAGGCUAGAAAUAAAUAAUUUGAACAGACCAAAUAAAAAAUAUACCUCCUCAAAAGUCAGAGAGCUAAUGCUAAGACCGUAAAAGAAAAGAGGAAUAAGGAAUCUUAUAAUGUCUAUUGCAAAGUAUUAACUAUUAAAGAUGCUCAUCUUUCGUUAAGUCUUAUUUAUUUUUAGAUGUUUUAAGUAAGUAUAUUUAAA